CUCCUAGUAACCCUACUCUCUCUUUACUUUCUUCUCUUCUUCUUUUUUUCCCUACUCAUACAUUAUCCUAGGAUUGGCAUCACGAUCCUUUCCUGUCCCUCACUUUAGCUAGUCAUCAUGGCUAUCUCAGCAAAGUAUGUACUGCUGGUCGCCAUAGCUCUGCUCGUCCUUCUGCCGGGCAAAGCUGAGGCGUUCGGCGCUGGAAACAUUGCCUCCAUAUCCAAGAUCGAGGGAAAGAACUGGCGCCAUGGAGAUAUCGAAGACAUGCUCGAAAUGGUCGCCUGUUUGAAAGGUCAUAAAUGGAACUCGAUGAUGAUCAAGCGUGUGUACUUCGGCAACUGGCUCCGAGAUUACUCACAAGCUGUUGAUACUGCUACCCUUGCGAAAGUUCAGGCCGAAACCAUUCGUGUGCUUGUAUGGAUCCUCUCAUUCAUGUCCUUUGGUUAUGCGACUGCCGAAUUCGAAGUCACUGCUGAGAGACUGGGAGUCUACCGACCCGAGGAGCAUAUUGAUAAUCCCAAAGACUAUGCCGACAACAAAGAUGCACGAGAAUUUGACCCCCGUCUGCGCCCUCCCGUCAGUGAUGCAGAGCUGGCGGUGGACCCUGAAACAGGGAUGAAGAACUACAUUGCCAACGACCGCGGCGGAUGGGCGACUUCCACAGGUUAUAUCCGAUUCUCCUUUGCUCGUGCCAUUCACUUCGGUCGCUUGUACACCUCCGGAUCACAUGGACAGCGUGGUAAGGACGAAGAUCUUGCCGAAGCCCUACGAUGCCUUGGUCAAGGCCUUCACUGCAUGGAGGACUUCGGCGCACAUACUAACUACGCCGAAUUGGUCCUUCGAGAAAUCGGCUACCACAAUGUGUUCCCCCAUGUUGGAGCCGCAACCGAGAUCAAUCUUCAUGGAAAACGCGUAUUCCCACUCGUCACUGGUACCUUUGGAGGCGUCGACUUCUUCCACUCCGUCCUCGGAGAGGCCACAGAUCACUUUACACAGUCCGAAGUCGACCAGAUGAACACCGCCCUCGCAGAUGCCGUCCUCCCCAACACGAAGCGCGGUCCCGGCGGCAGCGGCGGAAAUGGAAACGCUCUCUCUGGCCUCUGUGACGUCCUAGGCAAAGUACCAGGGACGAGCGAUCUCGUGAAAGAAGCGCAAAGCCUACAGGCCGCCUCGGAUGCCCAAGCAGCAGCCAACUCUCGAGGAGGGCCACCGGGAGGUUACGACGACUACAACAGCUCUCGCGCCUCAGCGAAUACCUUCGCCGCGCCCCCAGGCUCCGAAGGCGGUCCACCAGGUCCCAACAUGCCAGGCACAAACACCGACCCGGCCACCAUUAUCCCAAAGAUCUACCCUAUCCUCGCCUUCCGCGACAAGGUCGUCCGCAGCAUCUCCGCCAUAAUCUCCAAGAUCCCCGGCCUGGAGAAGCUCAUCGAGACCAUCACAGAGCGCGUGACCCUCUUCGUCCUCUCUCUGCUCGCCCCCUUCAUCAUGCCCAUCAUCAAGGCUGCCUCGACGCAGCUCAAGCAAGGCUCCUCCCUCGUCGUCGAGGCCGCCGCAAAGCACCAGUUCGAUGUCUGGAACAACCCCCACAGCACCGACCCCACUCACUCCAUGCUCUCGAAGGACCACUUCUCCAACAUCCUCAACGAACCCUCGGGCCAGGUUGCCGCCGAGAUCCUCAAAUACGUCGCGCCCCGCAUAGUCUACGCAUGGGACAACACCGACGUCCCCGUCGACCAGGUCCUCAACGACGUCUGCAGCGUGUUCCACCACCCAGCCCUCCGCAACGAGCGCAACGAGUGCCACAGGAACAUGUUCAGCGCCGUCAAGAAGUGGGCCGACGGCUACCGGAAGCACAACCUCAACGACCUCCUGUCCUCCGAGUCGGUCCGCGCGGGCAAGAACCACAGCGGCGAGCACGACCACUCUCACGGCGCCCACGGCCACGGCGCCGCUGGCGUGGGCUCUUUCGGCGGUGGCGGUGGCGGCGGCGGUCACCACUCCUCCCACUCCAGCGGAGGCGGACACCAGCAGAGCUCCCACGGUAGCAGCGGAGGAAGCGGUGGAGGAGGCCUCCUAAGCAGCCUAACCAGCAACCUCCCCGGCGGCCUCGGCAGCAAGCUCUCCCCCUUCCUCUCCUCCUCGGGCCACCGCACGCGCGAAGCCGGCGACAACACAGGCAGCUCCCCCGGCGGAAGCCGUCCCACGACCCCAGGAGGAUCCUACUACCAACAAUCCCAGGCACCCGGCAACUACGGCGCACAACAACCACCUCCGCAGGACGCAUGGGGCGGCGGCCAGUUCCACGGCGGCCAGGGCGCGGAACCAAGCUACACCGUCCCGACCGCCUACCAACAAGGCUACGAGAACUACGGCGCUGGUCCUGGCGGGUACGGCCAGCCUCCACCGCAACAGGGUGGUUAUGGACAGCAGCAACAGCAGCCGCCGUACCAGCAGCAGCAGCAGGGCGGAUACGACCAACAGGGCUCGUAUGGCGGAGGGUAUAAUCAAGGCGGGUACGACCAGUCUCAACAAGGCGGAGGUGGUAGGCCUUGGGGUCAGGGUGGAGGUAACUCUGGCUGGUGAGAUUUGAGAUACAUACGUAGGUGAUGUGCAAUGGACUUGGGGACUUGGAAUUGAACCAGCAUGAGGGAUCUCUAAUGAGCUCGAUAUGUCCAUCAGGCGGGUAUACGGUUAUGAUAAUGAAGUAACUAGUAAGUAGGUAUGGUCGACCGAAUCAAUCAAUACGUCCAAACAGAGUCGAAACUUUGUUUCCUUUACCAAAUCAUGCCUAUCAUGUUCGUCUUUUCAUCCCCGGAGAUCUCGCUGAUGCUCUGAUCGAUCAGAAAUCGACACAUAAAAGGAUACAUAGAGACGUGGGGGAGAGUAUGUUUUCGAUAAGAUAUGAGCGUAUGUUCCUGUAAAUCUUUUCACUCUCGUCUGAAGUACCUUAAAGCCCGUCGUUGUUUUGCUUCUGAGGGAGCAUUACCUCAAGUCCUCAAAAAUAUAGCUCCAAGUAUAAAUGUGA